GACUGAUAUAAUAAUAUCUUCCAUUGAAAUCUUUUGACUUCUGAUGACUACCUAGGUAUUAUCAAAGUAACUUCCAGGGCCACAAGGCACAGUCAUGCAAGGGCCGGCCCAGCGCGAAAUCUAAGCACCAGUGUCUAGUGGGCAGAGUUCCGCCUAACCCCUUUCCUUUAUCGAGCAGAAAGUAUCUAAGACCACGAAGAGAAGCCAAAUCAGAUAGCUACGUAUCCGCUUAAUUAAUAUCCCGUAUCCAUCGCCAAUGAGGUCUAUUUCGCAUUGAAUUCAUUACCCGGACUCCCGGUGAGGUGAAGUAGAAACACAGUUUGGCAUAAAGGCAAGCACCGAUCAGGUAAGAUAAGAAAUGCUAAGGUAGGUUCACUCAUACCACUCAUGCAAUGACAUGAAGCAAUUGAAAACUGCUAUCUCGAUACUACCGAUACUACCGAUACUACCGGGCAGGAAGCAACCUUCUUUAUAGACUUUCAACUAGGCCAGGUAAGGUGCUGGCCGAGCCAUUGAUUUUUAGCUGGACCUCGGCUCGGCCCCGCGUUUAUAGAAUCUGGGGAUCUUCCAAUUUCAUAUCUCACUCACUUUAAUACUCCUCUCACAUACAUAUCAUUUCUCUCUCUCCUAUUUCAAUCUAUUGUCUUAUAUUGUGUUCAUUCAAUUCGAGAAUUAACUGCUGUCAAACGAACAAACCGAUAUCCAUAACCCUCAACAGACUCUACAAGAUGCGUGGAAUUCAAAUUAAAGAAUAUGUCAAGGGUCCUCAAGAUCUUAAAGUCACAGAUCUACCAGAUCCAGUACCAAAUCCCGAUCAAUACUUGAUUGAGAUUCAUGCCACCGCUACCAACUUCUACGACCUCCUCCAAAUUCGCGGGAAAUAUCAACACCAACCCCCUCUACCUUGGAUUUCCGGCUCAGAAUUCAGCGGCACCAUUAUUUCUACGCCCUCCUCCUCCUCAUCUCCAAAAUACAAACCCGGCGACCGCGUCUUCGGCGCCUCUCAAGGCGGUUACGCAACUCUCGUCUGUGCCCAAGAGGCUUCUCUCUACCCCGUUCCCGACUCCUGGUCUUUCUUUGAAGCAGCCGGUCUCUUCGUCACCGCUCCCACAUCCUACGGCGCUCUCGUCACACGCGCGAAUAUCAAAUCUGGAGACUAUGUCCUUAUUCACGCUGCUGCCGGCGGAGUCGGUCUUGCAGCCGUGCAGAUCGCAAAAGCAUUUGGCGCAACUGUUAUAGCUACUGCUGGCACGAAGCGAAAGUUGGAGGUCGCGCGAGAAUUUGGCGCUGAUCAUGUUAUUGAUUACGGCGAUGCGACUUGGCCCGAUCAAGUCAAGAAAUUAACACCCAACAACAGAGGUGUAGACAUCGUAUUCGAUCCAGUGGGUCUAAUCGACAAAUCGACAAAAUGCAUCCGCUGGAACGGACGACUCCUCGUUAUCGGAUUUGCAGCCGGAAAUAUCGAAAAAGUGGCGAUGAACAAGGUUUUGUUGAAAAAUAUAAGUAUAGUGGGAUUACACUGGGGAGCAUAUGUACAGAAUGAACCGGAAAAGAUCCAGGAGGUAUGGGAGGGUAUUUUUAAAUUGAUCAAAGAGGGAAAAUUCAAAGGAACGGUCUUUAGGGAUAAGGAGUUUGUGGGGCUGGAGGAUGUUCCAGGAGCAUUGGAGAGUCUAGGGGGGAGGGGGACAUGGGGGAAGGUUGUCGUGAAGGUUGAGAAGAACGGGAAGGAGGGCAGGAGUAAGAUUUAGGCGAGGAAAAGGAAGAGGGAGAAGUAGUUGGAUUAUGGAUGGAAGGGGGAGAUAUGUUAUUAGCGAGAAACUAGGGGGUGGGUUUUUCUGUUUGUAUAUGUUAUACAUACUAGACUAUAUGACCGACUACACUAUUGAAGAGGUAUGAGGUUAUUGAGAUUUUUUCGAUAAAGAUACUUAGAAUACAUUCAUGACACAUAAAUUGAAGAGCUACAGCAUCAGCCCGCAGAAUUACACGAGUAUGCAGAACAACUACUCCAAGAUUUCCAGGAAAAUCGUAAUGACCUCCUGUCAGAAUGGCGGAUCAUACACACACCCUCACA